UUUUCCCUUCAAGACACCCGUGUUCUUUCCUUCUCCUCUUUCUUCUAGCUCUCUGUCUCAAAUCUAAAUAUAUAAACUUUUUUAAGCUAAAUAUUAUUCAAGAAGUUUAAAUUAAAAAUUUAAUCUCUAUACGAUGAAGAGAGAGCAUGGUCACCGGGAAACCUCAUCUGUAAAAGCCGGGAGCUCAUCAAUGACGGCCAAUAAGGAAGAAGCCGGCGGAUUCGACGAGCUUCUUGUGGUUUUGGGUUACAAAGUCCGAUCUUCCGACAUGGCUGACGUGGCACAUAAGCUUGAGCAGUUAGAGAUGGUUCUUGACGAUGGAAACUCGCAUCUUUCCGACGAUACUGUUCAUUACAAUCCUUCUGAUCUCUCUGGAUGGGUCGAUAGCUUGCUCUUUGAUCUUAACCCUACCUGUGAUCAAGUCAUACCCGACCAAGAUUCUGAGUACGAACUCAGUGCCAUUCCUGGCUCUGCAGCGUAUCCACGUGGCAAAAGGACGAGAACAGGAUCCAAUUCUUCGACAACAAGGUCUAUGGUUGUUUUGGAUUCUCAAGAAACGGGCGUGCGUUUAGUACACGCGCUGUUGGCUUGCGCGGAGGCGGUUCAACAGAACAACCUGAAGCUCGCUGACGUGCUCGUUAAGCACCUGGGCUUGCUCGCCUCGUCACAAGCCGGUGCGAUGAGGAAAGUCGCGACGUACUUCGCUGAAGGGCUAGCGAGGAGGAUUUACCGGAUUUACCCUAGUGAUGACGUCGGUUUAUCGUCAUUUUCGGACACUCUUCAGGUACAUUUCUACGAGUGUUGUCCGUAUCUCAAGUUCGCUCACUUCACGGCGAACCAAGCGAUACUUGAAGCUUUUGCUACGGCUGAGAAGGUCCACGUUAUUGAUUUAGGGCUUAAUCAAGGCUUGCAAUGGCCGGCUCUUAUUCAAGCUCUAGCUCUCCGUCCAGGUGGUCCACCAGAUUUUCGGUUAACCGGAAUUGGUUCUUCGUUAACCGGCCAGUCGAUUCAAGAAGUUGGAUGGAAACUUGGGCAGCUUGCUAAUGCAGUUGGUGUGAAUUUCGAAUUCAAGAGCAUUGUCUUGAAUAGUUUAUCUGAUCUUAAACAGGAAAUGCUUGAGAUUCGAACAGGUUCAGAAUCCAUAGCGGUUAACUCGGUUUUUGAGCUCCAUCGCCUCUUGGCUCAUCCCGGUUCAAUCGAUAACAUUCUGUUAACGAUUAAGUCGAUUAAACCAGACAUCAUAACUGUAGUCGAGCAAGAAGCGAACCACAACGGGGCCGUUUUCCUCGACCGGUUUACCGAGUCGCUACAUUACUACUCUAGCUUAUUCGACUCACUAGAAGGCCCUUCAAGUCAAGACCGAGUGAUGUCUGAGCUCUACUUAGGACGACAGAUAUUAAACCUAGUGGCCUGCGAAGGGGAGGACCGGGUUGAGAGACACGAGACACUGGCUCAGUGGAGAAACAGGUUCACUAUGGGAGGAUUUAAAUCGGUUAGUAUUGGUUCGUAUGCGUAUAAGCAAGCAAGCAUGUUGUUGGCCCUUUAUGCUGGAGCUGAUGGGUAUAAGGUGGAAGAAAAUGAAGGUUGUUUGUUACUUGGAUGGCAAACGCGACCACUAAUCGCUACAUCUGCGUGGCGUUUCAAUCGUGUGGAAUAAAAUUGAGAUAAUGGGAAGUUGAAAAAAUGUUUGCUACAUAGUGUUAUUGCAUUUGAAUGCUAAAGGUACCACGUUUUCCAAAAUUUAAUGAACUUGUUUAUUUUUCUUCCAUGAAAUUUUGAC